GCCCUCAGCGCGGCGAGGGAUGCGGCCUCGGAAGGACAGAGGCUGAAGCGUCCCGUGCUCGCCGCUCAUCGCUCCGCGCCUCCUCCCGUCUCAUUCCCGGCCCGAGCGGCAGGAGGAAGCACGCCGACUCCGCGGCAGGAAAGUGAAUAAACUUAAUUGAGAAUGUCUGAAAACCCUGACAAGCCCAAUACAAAUGAAGCAGGAGAAUCAAAAUCAAGUGAUUCUGAACAAGGCCUUGAAGAUGCUGUGGAAGGUUCUGAUGAAGCUUUACAGAAAAAUAUAAAGUCGGGCUCUCCCAGCACCCAAAGAAUGCAAAGACCUCACUCUAGUCCUCCUCGAUUUGUGACAGUAGAAGAACUUCUAGAUACAGCGAAAGGAGUUGCUAACAUGGCUCUAGCCCAUGAAAUUGUAGUAAAUGGAGACUUUCGGAUUAAACCAGUUGAAUUACCAGAAGACAGCUUGGAGAAGAGAGUAAAGGACAUUGUACAUAAAGCUUUUUGGGACUGCUUGAGUGUCCAGCUAAGUGAAGACCCCCCAACAUAUGACCAUGCCAUCAAACUUGUCGGAGAAAUCAAAGAGACUCUCUUAUCUUUCUUGCUGCCUGGUCACAGUAGACUGAGAAACCAGAUAAUGGAAGUCUUAGAUCUGGAUCUGAUCAAGCAAGAAGCAGAGAAUGGGGCCUUAGACAUUUCCAAGCUGGCAGAAUUCAUUAUUGGCAUGAUGGGGACAGUGUGUGCACCUGCUAGAGAUGAAGAAGUUAAGAAACUAAAGGACAUUAAGGAAAUAGUGCCCCUUUUCAGGGCAAUUUUUUCCGUGUUGGACCUAAUGAAAGUGGACAUGGCGAACUUUGCUGUCACUAGCAUUAGGCCACAUCUCAUGCAGCAGUCAGUUGAAUACGAAAGGAAGAAGUUUCAGCAGCUUUUGGAGAAGCAGCCAAAUUCCCUGGACUUUGUCACCCAGUGGCUGGAAGAGGCCGCAGAUGACCUUAUGAAUCAGAAGUAUAAAAAUGCCCUGCCAGCUGAGGGAGGGGCCGCUGACUCUGGAGACAGUCCCAUGCCAAAUCCUGUGGCUGUCCAGAAUUAUGCAUACCUGAAGCUUCUGAAAUGGGACCACCUCCAGAGACCUUUCCCUGAACUCUACAGCCCACGUGGGGCUCGAACUCACAACCCCAAGAUCAAGAGCCACAGGCUCCACCGACUGGGGCAGCCAGGCGCCCCAAAAUUUACCAGCUUUAAGUGCACGACAGUUUUGAUGGACCAGGCUCGCUUCCAAGAACUCCAGCUCCAGCUAGAGCAACUGACCAUCCUGGGAGCCGUGUUGCUGGUGACGUUCAGCAUGGCAGCCCCAGGAAUUUCCAGCCAGGCUGACUUUGCUGAGAAACUCAAGACGAUUGUGAAGAUUCUGCUGACAGAUGCGCACCUGCCCUCCUUCCAUCUGAAGGAUGCCCUGACUACCAUUGGGGAGAAAGUCUGCCUGGAGGUGAGCGGCUGCCUUGCCCUGUGUGGGCUCACUCCCUUUACCACGGAAAAGGAGACUGUGCUCAAGGGCCAGAUCCAGGCUGUGGCCAGUCCCGACGACCCCAUCCGCAGGAUCAUCGAUUCCCGAAUCCUGAUCUUCUUAGAAAGCUACCUUGCCUCAGGUCAUCAGAAGCCAUUGCCUACGGUACCUGGGGGAUUGGGUCCGGUUCAGAAAGAGCUGGAGGAAGUUGCUGUUAAAUUUGUCCGCCUGGUCAACUAUAACAAGAUGGUCUUCAGUCCCUACUAUGAUGCCAUCCUCAGUAAGAUCCUUGUCAGACCCUAACACGUACGUGCGCUACAGUAGCAGUAUUAGCCUCUUGAUACAGAAUACCUGUUCUCAACUAUAACGUUGCUUUGGAAAAUGGCUAUUUAGUACAUGUCUGUGUAACAUCACUGAUUCCAAAAGGAAGAGUAUUGUGUAUCACUGUUGAAAAGAGCUGUUGAAAAGCGCACUGAAUUCAAUUCUAUUUUGCAGGUUUGUAUUUAUGAGUGCAAGUUUACAAAUCAAGAAGCUUCUUGUUAUCUUGAGUCUCCUAGGUAGCACUUGGCUUUUACACGGUGAACUGCUGUGUGUCCACCCGCACUGUGUCCUGAUUGUAGCUGCCUUGUCUCUCCCAGGAGGCUGGGGCCUCUCUUCUGCUAUCCGGGUAGUUUUUCUUUCAGACCCCUCAGAGGAUCUGCCGGCCACCCAAGAAUGAGACACCGAGCCAUGACCGUGUUGAGACUCUCCCCCUUCAGUGGCACAGACCCCCAGUCCUCCCCCAGCUAUUUUGUGUUAGAAGGGCUAUAUAUAGUUUUCCUGCCUCCCCACUCCCCCCUACCCCCCCCCCACCCCUCCCAUUUAUUGUUUUCUCCCUCCUGGUCUAGCCAGCGCCCCAGAGCCCUUUUGUUCUAGAGGAGAAUUAAUUGAUUUUAAAAAGCUUAUUCUUUUAUACAGAAUUAUUCCUGAGCCUGGAUGAUAGCAGUUAGGACUUACAGAAUCCAGAGAAAGGAAAUUCUUUGACUUUUAAGGUUUGAAAGUUAAGGAGGAACUAUUUUUUUAAACAAUAUAUAUGUUGGUGUCAUGUAAAAGAAGACAAAUGUCUGGAGUUUUUACUGAAAUGUUCACUCAUACAAUAUGCAGAUGUAUUGAUUGGAAUUGAAUUUCAGAAAUGGAUUUAAGUGUUUUCAGAUAAAAUAGCGUAGUAUAAGCUCACUUAUUUCUAUGAUAAGGAAGUCAUGGAAAAUCCCUGGUUUUUGAGCAGUAUUUUUUGAGGAACUUCAGGGACCAGAAUUCCUGACCUAUCCUGUGACUGAAAGGGUAGCUGGGGUCUCACAGAUGACCCGCUCUGUUCAAAAAAUAAAAAUGAAAGGGGUGUGUGUGUGUGUGUGUGUGUGUGUGUGUGUGUGUGUGUGUUUUAGACAGGGAUGUUAUGUUAGAAGCAGAGCCAUGAAGCUGGAGUGAACUCCCAAGAGCUGGAACAGCAGAAAGCAAAAUGAUGCCAGGAAUCCCUUCAAGCUGCUGAGGGGUAGGGUGGGACAGGAGGCAGGUGGGGCAGCCACCAGAAGAACCUUCACUCUGUGAGAGCUGUCACGUGUACAAGCUUCAGGAGAGGGAAUGGUUAUGCCGGGGGUGGGGAAUGUGAUUUCUCCAGAGACGUGCUACAAACUGUGUUCUAAUGGUGCGUUUUACUUGCAGUCAGAAAUGUAUGCUGUGUUAUGUGGUCAGAAGUCAUAUUAUUAAAGUUAAUACUCAAGGACAAAUCUUCCGUGGUUUCGUUGGAAGGGAAUAAAAGUUCAGUAAGUAGAACUUUUAAAGAACAAAACCACAGUCUCUUAUAGUGUCUUCAAUGAGGUCCUUUCUGGAAUUGUUUCCAGAGGUAAGGUUGCUUAUUGGUCAUAUGGUAUCCCCAGGCUGAGAAGCCCGAGCACUCUUUUAAAGUUGGCUACACGCCCAACAUAAGGCUUGAACUCACAACCUCGAGGUUGGGCUUGAACUCACAACCUUGAGAUCAGUAGUCCCAUGCUCUACGGACUGAGCCACCAGGCACCCUCCCCUACCUCAGCACUCUUUUGCCUGCCUCAGCCUCAGAGUGUUUGGGGUUUUGUCCCUCCUGAUCCAAGGAUGAAGGAGAGGAGCUUUAUCCUGAAAUAUAUGGGGUGGAUCAGCACUCCUAUAGUCAUUCUUCCCAGAUCUUAAAAAUUCUUUUUGCCUUCUUUUAUAGGGGUUAAUUGUUUACAAGAUUUUUUUCUUUCCCCUAAUGUGUUCCUAAAUCGACAAAGUUAAGUUUGGGCCAUUUGAAAUCUUGAUGCAUAUAUUACAGGGACCUGCACAGACUCUCAUGCCCCCUGCUACCUUAGUGUCCACUGGUGGAGUUCUCUAAAUGGCAAAGCCAAGAAUGACGGAGGCAAAGUUCUGAAUCACAGUAUUCAUAUUGAGUUGUGUUGUCGCUCUUUGAAGAUGAGUGAGCUACUUUCUUCCUGGAAUCUCACAGGAUUAUCACUAAGGGCCAGGAAAAUCCAUUUAGUUCAUUUAGUCACUAAGGAAAUGUUUUAUUGAGCAUCUCCUUGUAAUUCCCCCCCUACAGCUCUCCCUCCAAGAUAUGUACCCUUCGGAGGGGAAAUUAUCCUUCAGAAUUGAACCGGUUCUAUAUAAUGCAGUCUGAUUGGAUUUGACUUGAUUUUCUAACAGGUUUGUGGACACAAGCUAAGUUUAUUUGGCUGUAGUACUUUACCAUGGAUAGACUGAGCGCCUUGAGAGUUAGGUCCAUUACAGACAGCAAGGCUGUUAGAUUUAUUUGAUGGUCUCAUGAAUGAAUGAAUGUCUAGAACAGUAAUUGCUACUUUGUCAGCCCUUGGCUGGGUGGGUGGGUGGAUGGAUUCCCAGUUUAGAUGUUUUUUGAAAAUCUCAUUACUUUUAAAGCAAGCUGUAUAAUGUGAUUGUUCAUGUAACCAUAUAACCCAACUAUAAAUAUACUUCGGUAAGGAUGUCUCACUGAUUAAAUACAGUAGGCAGGUGCGUAAGAGCUUUUUUGUCUGAAGAAAAAUUAUUAAUAAGUCUGACGUACUAGGUGUGUGCACAUACGUGUGCCAGUUCUAAAUGGAGUUUUUAGCAGUUCUGUUUUUGUGGAGGUGAUUGUGUUCAUUUCUCCAAAACCUUAAGAUUUCUGGGCAUAGAGAGGGGCGGCUGCCACCACCUUUCCUGCUGCUGAGUUUCAGGGGGAGUAGGUGUUUGCUAUUGACAUCCAGUGACCUUUGGCAUGCACCACUUUGUAUGUGCAGAACAUUUGUAUUUCUUUUAAUUUUGAGGCAGGGUGGCAGAGUGGAAAGACUGGGAGCUGUCAGGAAACCAGAGUUGUGACUCCAUUUCUGUUAGGUCCUGAUUUGCCCCACUUAGUACCUAUUUCUGGCACAUGUAAAAUGAAAGGACUAGACUUGGUCUUUAAACUGCUUUCCAAUCCUGACCUUCUGUGAUGUGUCUUACUUGAGUAACUUAAGUAUACUGCAGUAGGAUUGUGCACAAAGCUCCUGACUGAGGGGAAGAUCUGGGUUGGAGUCCUUCCUCUCUUGCCUUCUUACUGGUUGUGUGAUACUGGGCCAGUCAUUGUCCCUUGGGCCUCAGCAUUUUCAUCUGUAGAAUGGGAAAAUGACUAACCCUUCCUGCAAGGAUUAAAUGUGAUAAUUGAUAUUAGAAUGCUUUGGACACGGAAAAGGACUAUAAAUUGCUUUGUUAACAAAGGAGAGCAUAUAACCCUCUGCCUGUAUUCGACUUUUGGCGCCCAGCCUCCCUGCAGUCAGCACAUUCUACAGGCCUGAGGGAAGGUUCUCCUCCCGGCCCAAGACUGAUACUUCCGUCAUCUCUUCUGUGGUAAAGCUACAGUCUUCCUUUUUCUCCUCUUGCAGCCUCCACCCCGGUAACAUCUCCCCAUCCUCUCCUCUGUAUUAUUUGAACUAAAUGAAUGCAUGAAUGAACAAAUGAAGGACGGUAGGUGAUGGGCUGUGAAACUCUUGUUUAAAGGCACGAUCUCAUUGAAAACAUAAUCUAAAUAAAGAACCACCAUGAUGUUUGCAA